AUGGAUGCUCCAGUCCCUGACCUGCACUACUGCUGCUGCCCUCACCUGGCUCCUCUCCCACCUCUUGCAGGUGUGAUCCGGUACGCGGUGCUGCUCAUCACGCUGCUGGGCACAUGGUUCAUCGUGCAGACAUACUUUGAUCAUAGAUGGAAAGUCGUCAGCCUGCGGAGCUGGCUCGGUAAGGCGCCGCUCCGCUCCUCCCUCACAGGCGAGCAGCCGCCCCGGCACAAGUGUGGGAACCAGAAGAGCUGCGCCCAGAACCAUUUCGCCUUCAAGAUCAUCAGCGGUGCCGCAAAUGUGGUGGGACCCUCCAUCUGCUUCGAUGACACGGUCCACAUGAGCAGCGUGAAAAACAAUGUUGGCAGAGGUCUGAACAUCGCUCUGGUGAACGGAACGAAUGGGCAGCUCCUGAAAGUGGACACAUUCGACAUGUACUCCGGAGACAUUAAGACUUUCCUCGAAGAGAUCAAGCAUGGCACCAUUGUGCUGGUGGCCAGCUACGAUGACGCUGCCACAAAGAUGAACGACAACGUACGGGCACUUUUUGUGGAGCUGGGCAGCAGCCACGUGAACAAGCUGAGCUUCCGGGACAACUGGGUCUUCUUGGGAGCAAAAGGGAUGAGGAACAAGAGUCCCUUUGAAGAGCACAUCAAAAAUGAUAAGGUGAUGAAUAAAUACGACGGCUGGCCUGAGAUGCUGCAGAUGGAAGGCUGUGCCCCCAGGGAGAUGGAUUAG